AUGGGCACGUCCUCGUUGAACCCGGCAGCCAACGGCCACUCUACGCCCAGUCGCUUGCCUGCGCGCUCCAGCUCGACCGACUCGGACACGUCCAGCACGGCCAGCUCGUCGCCCUCGAACCCAACAAAGUCGACGACACCCCAAAUCUACGCGCCGAUAAUACCCACACGGGCAGGUGUCGCCCUCCCGUCCAACCUCACGUCCAUGCCCACCCAGCCGCCAUUGGGCAAAGCGCACCACCCAAAGCUGCCCAAAAUCACUACCCAGCGCGUCGAACCAGGAUGCCAGCCAGAGUCGGUGUAUGAAGCGGCGUUGAAUCCAGUGCGCGAGGCGUUUAGGCGGGCCAUUGUGCGCGCCAUGCCGGACGAGAGUGCGCGCAUUGCCCGUUGGCAACAGACGUUGCGGACGCCGCAGAGGGACACUUUCUUCUUCUGGAGCGCAAUCUUUGGCACUCACACGUUUUUCACGGCCUUCCUCCCCAUGCUCUUCUUCCUCGGAUUGCCAGAGAAGGGUCGCGGGUUGUUGCAUGUUGUCGGCCUUGGCAUCUACGCGUCUUGCGUCGCGAAGGACUUGGCGUGCACCCCGCGCCCGUACGCGCCGCCAGUAACCAGGCUGUCGAUGAGCACACACCAUCGCGAAUAUGGAUUCCCCUCGUCGCACAGCACCAACGCCAUCAGCAUCGCUCUCCUGGUGGGGCAGUGGUUCUGGGAGGGCCGCGAUGUCAUCGGCUAUACGGCUGUGGCCUUUGGCUGGGUCGCGUUGUUCGCCUACUACGCCAUCAUUGCCUUUGGACGGCUGUACACCGGUAUGCACUCGACCUUCGAUGUCAUCGGCGGCACUGUCCUUGGUACUGUGUGCUGGUUCGCAUGGCAGCUUGUCGGCGAGGCGUCUGAGGCCUGGGUCAACACGGGUACUCUUUGGGUCGCUGGAAUCUCCAUUCCCCUCACCCUCGCCCUCGUGCACUAUCACCCUGAGACGCCAGACGAUUGCCCGUGCUUCGAGGACGCGAUCGCAAUCAUCGCGGUUAUCUGUGGCUCCUUCCUCGGGCACCUGUACUUUGCUCGCAAUCCGACAUACCUCGGCCCCAGCGUUUGGUCCAACGGUCCCGUCUGGGGCGUCCUCACAAGUCUGCUUCGCAUUGUUAUUGGCAUCACCCUCAUCUUCGUCUGGCGUCUGGUGAUCAAGUCUACCUGUCUCCGUGUGCUUCCGACCGUCUUCCGUCUCGCCUCCAAGGUGUUUGAUCGCCCUCUGCCCACUCGCAGGUUCUACACGGCCGCGACUGCAUACAAGGGCGUCGCCGACGCGCCAAUCCAUACCGUCCCCUCAUUCGGACGCCUGGCGACCGCCGACCCGGAUUAUCUCUCUGCUUCGAACUCUUCCUCCCCAGCGAGACGCAGCCCCUCCCCUCUUGUCCCCACUGCCAAGAACAUUAAGGGCGCCAAGGCGCGCACCAUGAGCGGCAACAGCAGUGGAAGUGAUGACCAGGUGAUUCGCAUGCGCGUCCGCUCCAACUCGCGUCCAAACGGCAUUGCCUCCUUGCAGAAGCACCAGCUCGAUCUCGUUGCUGGUAACUCGCACAGGGCGCCCAGGCGUGGCACGCAGCAUUACGAUGCAGAAGUUCUCACAAAGGUCAUUGUCUACGGCGGCAUCGGAUACAUUGCCACCAACGCGAUUCCGAUCCUGUUCGUCUCGGUUGAGCGGUAUCUUGGCAUCUUUCCUUGA